GCCUUAAUCCAAUUUAUAAAAUGCCUAGCAAGCAGCUAUUAGUGCAACCAUUGCAUGCAUUUUUACACAUAACAUCGUAUGCAACGACUCUAUACUCUGUCUGAUCAUAUGCUACACAUAUUUUCUAUACGUUUCAAAGAGCGUGCACAUUUCAUUUUAACUAUUCAGGAAAUUAUGCAAAAGUUGCUAGAUCAAUAUAUACAAUCCAUUAAAGUAAAUUCUAAUAACUGAUAGAAAUUUCUCUCGCAAGAUAAAGUCAAGAAUUUAGGAAUCGUUUGGAUAGAGUACUAUUAUAAACGCGCUGCUACGGAUCGGGAAAAUCGCAGGAAUCGAUAAAGCAAGAAUACGAAAGCGAGAAUCGAAAAACACAGACACACGAUUUACGUGGUUCACUAACACGAUGUGUGUUAGCUACGUUCACGGGCGAGAGAGAACCAGUUUCACUAUAUCGAUCGAGGAGAUUACAGAGGAGUAUGAGAAGUAUUUAUAGUACUUCUCCAUGUGGGUCUAAACCUAAUCCAAUCUGGCAAAGGAAACAGUUACAGACCAGGCCCAGAACCCGAACCCAAAUAACAUUGAGCCCAUACACCGCGGGCGUUGCCCCUGGACCCCACUCGCUGACCGGGCAGCGAGACCCCGAUUACCAGUCGUAGCGGCUGAUAGUCCGAUUCAAGUCACAUCAACAAGUACUAUUUGAGUGAGUUAUUUGAGUCUAAAUAACUCACAAUUUGGAUCCAAAUAACUUGUUUGACAGCAUUUUACCGAGACAAGUUAUUAAUGCAGCGAGUUAUUUUAAAAUAACUCAAAACGAGUUAUUUGAAAUAACUCUUACCCCCGUAUUAUUUCAAAAUAACUCAUUACCGCUGAAAUAUCACACGAAACAAUUAACAAAUUAUCCGACUAGAAAAUUAAUCCCCUUGUAAACCUAUAAAAGUCUGAAUGAGGAGGAGACAUAGACCAUAUAAUUCAUCCUGAAAAAGGGAACAAACACACACAUAUAGAUACCCAUAUCUAUAGGGAUCAGUCAUUAGGGUUUAUCAGGAUUAGGGAUCUAUCUAUCUACAUAUGAGCUCCCGUUUUGCAGGUAGAUAGAUCAGGGCCUUGUACUUUUGUUACUAUUGCAAAAUAGUAAGAGAUCUAUAUGUUUUUUUUUUAACGGCUGUACUGUGCUGCUGCAGUAUCAAUCCCAUCCCACAAUAAUUAAAAAGAGAAGAGAAAUUGGAAGUCACGUGAAUAUUUUAAGCAAAUUUUAGUUUUUUUUUUAUUAUUAUUGUGAAGAAUUUGGAGGGGCCAUAUGAUAUAAUGUCUUCAUCCUUUGUUUGUUUAUAUAAUGCAACAUGGUGAUUGUAGGGCUGCCCUUCCCCCCUCUGCCAUUUCUGCUGCUGCUGCUGCAACCCUUUUCUUCCUUUCCUUUCUCUCUCUCUCUCUUGAUCAUCCCCUCUCCUCUCCUCUCCAGCUUCAAAAGGGAUCAUUUUUGUUUCCCUUCUACUCAUCGGUCUCCAAUAUAAAUGGUGGUACAACCGCCCAUCUUCAAACUGAUCAUCACUUAAUUUGAUCAUCCAUCCAUCCAUCGAUCUGCAGCUCCCGUUUUUUUCCAUGAUCAUGAGUACCACUACUACCCAACCCAAUCCUUCCACCUAUCACCAGUUCCCUCACUUUUCCAUCGACCUUAACCAGGAUCACCACCACCAACAACAACAACAACAACAGCAAUACCUGCAACAUGCUGCCCAUUUCUUCAGUAGUAAUAGUACCAAUUCGUCUUCUCCUCCUCCUCCUCCACCUCCUGCUUCUCUCCCAUAUCACAUCUUCAUCGACGUCGAGGAUCCCGAUGCUGCUGCUUGUCGCCACGUGGCGGCAGACUACUCCAGCUGGGGGCUGCCUCCCACCUUCCGCCACCACCACGAACCACAACAGGAGCAGCAGCAAAAGGCCAAUGAUCAUACAACUAAUGGUGUGGUGGCGAAGGAGGAGAAGAUGAUGGCCAUAAGUACUGGCUGCUGCAGCAGUGAUCAUCAUCAGACGGUGGAGCCGAAAUGGGUGCCUUGUUCUGCUACGACCAAGGUCAGGAUGACCAAGAAGAAUAACAAGCUGACGAUCAAGACAAAUACUAAUAAUACUGAUCAUGGCCGCACCAAAAAGUACUCGGCUUUUGCUUGGGAUCCACAAAAGACGAGCCACGACGCGUCGCCAUCGACUUUCCAGCAGCAGGCUGCUGCAGCUAUUGCGACGGAUCAGCUUUGCAACAAUUCGCCCUUGAGCAGCAGCGGCGGCGGCGGCAGUCCGACGGUGGUGGUUAGGGUUUGUGCGGAUUGCAACACCACCAAGACCCCGCUCUGGCGGAGCGGACCCCGAGGCCCCAAGUCACUCUGCAAUGCCUGUGGGAUCCGGCAGCGAAAGGCCAGACGGGCCAUGGCUGCCGCCGCCGCUGCGGCGGCAGCCGCAGAAGGCGGCGCAGAUUUAGCCGGAGUAGACACAAUAACGCCCCUACCACCGCCGCCUGCAACCACCAUAAAGAUAAAGACCGGGAAGGGGAAACACGCCAACAAGAACAAGCUGGCGCCGUCCGCCAACAGCCACCUCCCUUUCAAGAAGCGGUGCAAGUUCGCGGCCCCCCGAGGCAGAAAGGCUGCUGGUACUACUACUAGCGCCGCCGCCACCAUUACGACAGAUAACAAUAACAGCAACAAUAAGCUGUGCUUCGAGGAUCUGGUGGCGAUACUGAGCAAGAGCUGUUCAGCAAUCCAGAGGGUUUUCCCUCAAGACGAGAAGGAAGCUGCCAUCUUGCUCAUGGCGCUGUCCUAUGGCCUGGUCCAGAGUUGAAACAAUUAAUGAGUUCGUUUCCCUUUUUGGUUUUAGUUUGAUUAAUAAUUGUUGAUUGCUUUUUUGUCCCGGAUUAAUCAAGUGAUUCUGGGAUAUAUAGCAAGCUGGGUUUUGGUAGUAAUGGGGGUAGUAUUAAUGAGGUUUUACCUUAAUCAGUCAAGAGUAAUUUCAAUAAUUAUAAGGUGAUUAAUUAGAUAGAGAGAGAUGAUUUAUGAUUAGAAGUCAUGUUUGUAAUGUACUAUGGGAUCUCUUGUUAUAUGUAUUGGGAUAGCUAGGAUGAGCAUUUGAACAGGUUGAUAACCUCUUGUUCAUCUGCAUCAUUAUAUGUAUCAAGCUUUUGAUAAACUCUCUCUAUAUAUAUUCCUUUUGGGUCCAAAUCCCUUAUUGCUUAGACCACUAAUUAUCACGAGUCGUGAGCAGUUACGCUUUUAACGUUUUCAGGGUUAUCAAAACGCUUCUACUUAAAGUUCCGCUUUUCCUAACUAAUGUAGUCCAAAAUUGUACUUUAAAACUUUAAGUUUUUACGUUUUUAAGUCACCAAAACGCCUCUGCGUAAAAUCGCGCUUUUAAUUAUUACAUUGGUCAUGAGUGUAUAUUCUCCUCUCUAGAUCGGGCAGUUGCAUUCGUAGGUCUUUUAGUGGCGAUAAAACUCUUGUUAAGUAAAUUAUUACCAGUACACGACUUUGUGAUCGGAUCGUCCAUUCGAGUGAAUUUGUCGGAUGGAUCGAAAUGUUGGAGAAAGAGGGGGGCCCGGGUGGGGGGGUGGUGAUGAUGGGGGUGUAGUAACGAAAAUUGUACCUUUGUGUGUGGAGAGAGUCACGAGAUCAUGGGGAGAGGAGAGGAGUGAGUGAGUUGUUUAGCCUUUAGAGGUAGGCUCAAUGACUUAUCUAGUAUUGAGUGGUCAAGAUGUGAUCAACACCCAUGUCCACGGACUCCCAAGGCCUAAGGCUGAAAUGGACUUGCUAGCUAGCUAGCUUCCAAACUUUGUAUUUUCUCUUUUUCCCACAUAUCUAUAGAGUCUCUCUAGACAGUGCUGGAGCUAGUCAUGGAUGAAAAUGAAAACAGAUGUGUGUUUGUGAAAAUUAUAACAACCCUCUUUUUAUCCGAUCUGGUGGUCGCGUGAUUAGACGAAAACACGGUGUGGGUAUAUUCGUAGCCGUUUUGUGAUCGACAUUUGUGCGAUAAGUUGCCUGUUUGAAGGAAUCAAUAUAAGUUUUGGGGUAAAUGUAACAAUCGUGGUGAGGUCAAGAUUUAGAGUAAGAUGACAUAGAAAUAAUAGAAAAAAAGAAUUGGAAUCCGGGAAGAGUGAGGAAUAUGAUAACUUGCCGUUGUGCAUGCAAAAUGCAACUAUUCGAUUCUAGUAUAAUAAAUUAUGGUAGUUUGGGCCAUUUCGGAAGUUGGCUUAAACUGAAUAAAAUUAUCGUCCUCGAGAUGGGGCGCGCGGUCGACUCAAGAUUUUCCCUCUAUGACGACCCUCGAGUCAAUUGAGAAAAACUAAUUCAUUAGCGGGUGUUUCUUUAGAGAGUGAAGUUAUUAGCCAAGAAUUUGCUACCUUGUAGUCGGCGUGAUUGGUGGAUUAUAAAACUAAAUCAUGAACCCCCGUCAAUGGAGCAGACAUGGCGCUUAGUGUUUUUAGCUGCAUGUCAUAACAACUGUGUAUGGCGUAUCGUGAGGAUACUUACGAAUUCUUAGUGACUAAUAACUGGUAAGAGAGUGGUAUAAGAAGAGCGAAACAAAAAAAGGACUCUCGACUUUGCAUGUCGCCGAGAUAGUCAUGUCAGACACGAAUAGUGUACGUGGAAAUCUUCUCUCGCCAAUUCGAUCGCGGUAUCACGAGACCGCGCGCCUAAGGGCACUAUAUUCCCUCCCUUACUAUAAAACCACCAACCUAAUAACUAGCUAUAGAAUGAUAUAUUAAAGAUUAGGGUUGUAU